CUUUUUCCAAAUGCAGUGUCCUCAAAUGCGACUCUACCUAACUACUGUUUAACAUUAUCAAGAUUCCGCACGACUGAAGCCCAGUCAACGUCUACGUUUACAGAAAGAAAAGCAUACUUAUCCCCUGCAUCAAUGUCCCGCAAAUUCGGAAUAAAGUACCGGUGGAGCCGGCGGAGGGCUAAGCUACUUCGAGCCACCGGCUUAUAG